GUUUGCUUCAGCUCCAGAAGGCUAGGCUGCCUGGCAGUGCUUCCUUCCAGUGAGGUGAGAGCUUGGAGCAUCCCGCAGGCCUUCUGUGCGCUGUGCCCCGGUGUGUCCUCUCAGGGACGAGUUUGCAUUCCGGUGUGUCCUCUCAGAGACGAGUUUGCAUUCCGCUUGCUUCCCAGAGCCCUGCCUUGUCUCAAAGAGAAGAGAACAAUGACCAAGUUACAGGAGGCAGUGACAUUCAGGGACGUGGCCGUGGUCUUCAGCAAGGAGGAGCUGGGGCUGCUGGACGCUGCUCAGAGGAAGCUGUACCACGAUGUGAUGCUGGAGAACUUCAGGAACCUCCUGGCAGUGGGAGGCCAGAGUCCAAACAAGAUAGAGACUCUUCAUGCAAUGGGAGUAAGGUGCCUUUCACUGGAGCGGCUUCCAUGCUGGCAAAUGACGAGCCAUGAUGUCAACAAACUAGCCAGAACUCCAGAAGAUGGAAUAAACACUCAAGGAAAGGGUUCCCACUUCCUGGAGCCAUGCCACAAGGGAGCAGAAAAGCCUCCCUGGGCCUCUGAGGAUGAUGGCUGUCUUGAGAGGCUCACCAGCAACCAUUCUGGUAUUACUGAAAGUCAAGAAUUUCUGUCUGGGGGCGCUCAAAGCUCUUCGAGUAAAUCACAUCCUAGUGAGAGACAUGACCAAUGGAAACACUGUCCUCAGACUUGGGUGAAAAAUAAGGCACAGCUGUCGGCUCUCAGUGCUGACGUGCUGAGUUGCAUUUCCCAUCAAGAUAACAAUAUACUGCAUAAAAGAGACAAAGUCCCCAGCAGCGGUGACUGUGAUCAAGUCAUCAAUCCCAUGUCAUCCCUCACCCAGGAUUGUGAUUACACACAACAGAAGGCCUACCAGUGCAGCAAGGGCCAAGAAGUCUUCAGUGACAGCCCUAGUCUGGAACUUCAUCAACAGACCCUCUUAGGAAAGAAGUCCCCUGUGCAUAGUACUCACAAGGACACCAGGCAGAGCCCCAGUGUCCUCAUUCAACCAAGUGUUCAUCUAGGAACAAAGCGCUACUGGUGUCACGAGUGUGGCAAAGGUUUCAGUCACAGCUCAACUCUUCAGACUCACCAGAGAGUGCACACAGGGGAGAAGCCCUACAGGUGCGACAGCUGUGGGAAGGGCUUCAGCCGCAGCUCGGAUCUCAACAUCCACCGCCGAGUGCACACUGGAGAGAAACUUUACAAGUGUGAGGUGUGUGGGAAGGGCUUCACAAAGUGGGACCAUCUCCAGAUACACGAGAGAAUUCACACAGGAGAGAAGCCAUAUAAGUGUGGAGACUGUGGCAAACGCUUCAGCUGUAGCUGGAACCUCCACACCCACCAGAGAGUCCACACUGAGGAGAAACCGUAUGAGUGUAAUGAGUGUGGGAAGCGCUUCAGCUUGAGCUUCAACCUCCACAGCCAUCAGCGGGUCCACACAGGAGAGAAGCCAUAUAAAUGUGAAGAGUGUGGGAAGGAUUUCAGUUCAGCCUCAAGCUUCCAAAGACACCAGAGGGUCCAUACAGGAGAGAAGCCAUUUGUCUGCAGUGUAUGUGGAAAGGGCUUCAGUCAGAGCUCGAAUUUUCAAGCCCAUCAGAGAGUUCAUACCAGGGAAAAGCCAUACAGAUGUGAUGUGUGUGGGAAGCAUUUCACCUGGAGCCUUCACAAUCACCAGAGAGUCCACACAGGAGAGAAACCGUAUAUGUGUGUGGAGUGUGGGAAAGGCUUCAGUCAUGCCUCAAGUCUGCAGGCCCAUCAGAGUGUCCACACAGGCGAGAGACCAUUCAAAUGCAAUGUGUGCCAGAAAAGGUUCCGUCAGGCCUCAAUCCUCCAGGACCACGAGAGGGUACACACAGGGGAGAAGCCCUACAAAUGUGACACGUGUGGGAAAGUCUUCAGCCAGAGGUCCGGUCUCCAAGUCCAUCAGAGAAUUCACACUGGGGAGAAGCCAUUCAAGUGUGAGGAGUGUGGGAAGGAAUUCAGAUGGAACUCGGGGCUUAGUUCUCACCAGAGGGUCCACACAGCAGAGAAACCCUACAUGUGUCAGCAGUGUGGGAAGGGCUUCAGUCAGGCCUCACACUUCCACACACAUUUGAAAAUGCACACCACAGAGAGGAUCUAGAUCUGCAGCAUCUGCAGUAAGGGCUUCAGUCAGAGACCACAUCUAUCAUUAGAGGGCCCACAGUGCAGGGAAACCCUAGGUUUGUUCUGCACUCAGGUGGACUCCACGCUGCUGGUUGUUACCAGUGUCACCAAACCCAGAAGCUUCAGGAGAGAUGGUAUUUUGGUAUUUUGCUCUCAACUCAUUCUCCUACUGAGCUCAUUAUGAAAAAGGAAGAUAGUAUUUUAGACUGGACCUUCUUAGCAUACACACAAACAAACAAAAAACGAGAGACUUAUAUAAUAGAAAAGGAUUCUGAUUUAAUUAUAAAAGGAAGACUUGUCAAUUGUCAGGAAUCAAACCAACAGAAAAUCAUUGUGACUCCUACUAAUGCUGAGAUUGUUUCACUGUGGGUAACCAAUUGGCAAAAAGCUUAUAGCAACUAUAUGGAAGAAAUUGCCAAUAAACAUCCUAAAAGCACGGGACUUCAGUUUAUACAAAGGACUAAUUCGAUUCCCCACCAUAUAAUAAAAAGAACACUGAUUCCUGAAA